CGGCGCCGUUCGAUCUUCUCCUGCUCCUGUAUGCGCGGUUGCUACUCUCCCGGGUUCUCUGCCGUUGGGGGCUCGCGUUCGACGCGUUCGAAAAGCAAAAGAGAGACUGGGAUAUCCGUGCCGCGAAUGGCUCCAUGCCCUUGAAAUUUACGCGCAUGUAGCCGCCAACGCCGCCACAUCCAACGACAUGGCAUGUACUGCAAUGGCUUAUAUAUAUCUUGUGCUUGCAGCCGUCCUCAGAUUAGACGUCUGGUCCUUUAUCUCAGUAGACCCAUGCAGUCCCUGCUCCCCUUCCUCCUCGUCGCUCUUUCACUCACUGCCGGGACACAAUCUCGGACACAUGGACGCCGUCUCCACAAUGCCGGCCACUCACGCUCUCUGGAGGAACUGGAACUCGAGCUGCCGACCCGGACGACGAAACUCUCUGCCAACUGGAAUCUGGAUCGGGCUUUCGCUAUAGACAACGAGACCGCCCUGGCGAAGCGCGAUAACACGAAAUACGUCUUUAUGCAUCAUAUUGUGGGCAGUGCGUGUUGUUUUUAUUUUCUGUCAUGGGCUAGCACUUAGGACUUUCCGGAAUCGCAGAUACGUGAGUCUCGAUAACUCAUCCGUCUAUAGCAGCUUCUCAUCCCGUCGAUAGAUGGGGCUAUACCCAAGCGAACUGGACCGCAGAUAUUCAAGCGAUUGGUGCACAGGGAGUCGACGCCAUCGCUCUCAACAUCGGCGGCGACACAUGGCAACGGACGCAAAUCGGCUACGCGUACGCCGCCGCACAAGCGAUAUCGAGCCCCGUCAAGCUUUUCAUCUCUUUCGACUUUACCACGAACCUGGGCUGCGACUUGAAUGACAUCGUCCAGCGCACCCUCCAGUUUUCGAGCCACCCGUCCCAGUUCAAAGUCAACGGCAGGGCGAUGAUCAGCAGCUACGAGGGCGCGUGUCUGGGUGACGCGGGCUGGAGGAGCUUGAAAGAUCAGACGAAUGGAUAUAUCAUGCCGUUUAUCUCUGGGCUGGAGGGCAACUUUGGCGCGUGGUCAAGCUUCGACUCGUGGUAUUGUUGGGGUUGUGCCUGGUCUCAGAACAACCAGGACAAGAAUACUGCUGAUGACUACUACUAUAUCAGUCAGGUUGGAUCUAAAUACGCUACGACAGUCAGCGGAUGGUUCUACACCCACCUCUCCGACAAAAACCGUAUUUUGCGUUCCGAUGACUGGCUUCUGAACAACCGCUGGAAUCAGAUUUUCCAGAUGCGCGAUCAACUGACGUUCGUGGAGAUGGUCACAUGGAACGACUUUGGUGAAUCCGACUACUUCGGACCAGUCACAGCCAACCAGCCCACCGGGACGACCUGGGCCGACAACUUCCCGCACACCGCUUGGAUGGACAUGAGCGCGUAUUACAUCCAGGCGUUCAAGACCGGCGUCUAUCCGACCGUCACCAAGGAUGUGAUAUACUUCUGGGCUCGGCCGCAUCCCCACGAUGCGACCGCGACCGCCGACCCGCUGCCGCAGCCGGCCAACUAUGCGUGGACAUCCGACUAUCUGUGGGCCGCGGCGUUCUGCUCCUCGACGUGCACCGUGACGUUGAAGAGCGGGACGAGCUCGUCGCAGACGUGGACGAACCUGGGAGCCGGUGUGAAUCUGUUGCAGCUUCCGCUUGCGCCGGGACGGGUCUCGGUGGCCAUGAGCAAGGGCUCUACCACCGUUUUUAGCGCGUCUCCGACGGAUUUCACUUAUGUCUCGGUGCCCAGUCUUUACAAUCUGAAUGUCUAUGUUGGAGCAGCUUCCGCGACAAGCACUGCGACUACGAGCACUGCGACUACGACCACUUCUACUAGCAUUUCGACUACGACCACGUCCACGACGAGUACUGCGACCACGACUACCGCGACAACCACCUCAACCACCACUACAACGACGACAACUACGUCGACGUCUACUGACACUGCAGCUACUUCGGCCACGACAGUGACAUGGUCUUAUCAGGGCUGUUACACUGAUAACGGUGGCUCCCGUACUCUGCGAGGAAUCGAAAUCGACUCGUCCACCGGAAACAGUAUCACCAGCUGCCAGUCGCAGUGCCAGGCUGCCGGGUAUCUCUAUGCCGGAGUCGAGUACGGGUCGCAGUGCUUCUGCGCCGCCGCCAUCGCUUCGGGAGUAUCGACCUGGGACGAGUCUCACUGUAGCUACCCGUGCCCCGGCGGCGCUGGAAAGUGCGGCGGUUUCAACGCCAUCAACAUUUACAAAGCGUCCUCUGCGAGCACAGCCACUACGACGACGACGACGACCAGUGCUGCUGCCGCGACAGUCACCGCCGGCGGCCAGUCCUGGUCGAGCCUCGGCUGCUACGCUGACUCGACCAAUCAGCGUGUUCUCCCUGCGCAAGUUUACGAGGGUCCGAGCAACGGUGUCACCUCGUGUCUGACGUCGUGUGCCAACGCAGGAUACUCGUUUGGGGGUGUCGAAUUCGGGAGCCAAUGCUUUUGCGGCAAUGCAGCCCCUGCCAGUUCAUUGAUAGCGACGAGUGACAGCUGCAACUACGCAUGCUCUGCUGGCUCGGCGUCUGGGGUCUGCGGAGGAGCCAAUAGGAUCAACAUCUACUCUAUUCCGGGUGGCGCGGCACCUAUCACGACGCCUCCAGCAGGCGCCGACACGGGAUCGUGGACCUACCUUGGGUGCUACCCCGAUAGCCCUCGAGCCGGAUCGUCAGUGCGCUCGAAGUGGACUCUGCCUCGUCGAACUCGAUCGCAUCGUGCGAGACCACGUGCUCGCAGGCAGGCUUUUCGUACGCUGCGGUCGAGUUUGGCCAGCAGUGCUUCUGCGGGCCAUCGCUGCUGUCCGGUGUCUCCGCCGUCGCCGACUCGCAUUGCAGCUACGCGUGCCCCGCUGGGUCGGGCAACUGCGGCGGGUUCAAUUACGCGAGUGUGUACUACAAGCCCGCCAGCUCCAGCGCCUCGAGCGUCACGACCGUGGGAAACACGGCGUGGACGCAUCUGGGGUGCUACAACGAUGCGACCAACGCGAGGGUGCUCUCGUAUGCAGCGUACGACGGACCAGCGAACUCCGUCAGCUCGUGUCUGACAGGCUGUGGCGGCAAGGGCUAUGUCUACGGCGGUCUAGAGUUUGGGCAACAAUGCUUCUGCGGAUCCACGUUCACCUCCAAAACGGCGACCGCAAGCUCCAACUGCCAGUACCACUGUUCCGGAGACUCGGCGGGCCUCUGCGGUGGCUUCAACUACGUCGAUGUGUAUUACACCGUCAGCGGCCUGCAUUAGGAAGGAAAUCGAGCACCGCAUCUCAUUACCUUAUGUACACUCUUUCAUUACCGUCCUUCGUUUGGCGCCCAAGCUGCUGCGGGCGCCAAUCUGCGUGUAUAAGUUCACCGCGUGUAUGUGGGGCACCGCCAGCGCUCCGCCCUCCCUGCACCCCCAGUGACGAUGAACCACCAGCUGUCGCUGCACAAUCCCUCGCUCCAAGUCCUCGACCGCGUGCGACACCCCAAAACCCGGGCCGAGCGCGCGCACAUGCAGUUCCAGCAACGCGCCGCGGACGCCCAGGACCCCGUGCGCCAGCAGGGCUGGUUCCGCUCGAUGCAGCAGGUGAUGCAGGAGAUCGACGAGAUGACGCUGUGCGUUCCCGCCGCCGUGCCCAUCCGCUUCCUGGACCUCGGAUGUUGUCCCGGCGGAUUCACCUCGUACAUACUGGACAAGAACCCCCGCGCCUCGGGGGUCGGGAUCUCCCUCCCCGUGGAGCAGGGUGGGCAUGCGUGUCUGCUGGACCCCGCCGUCCUCACGAGCUCGGCGGCCGACCCCCGCCACCCGCCUCGCUUUGAGCUCAUCUGGGCAGACCUAACCAAGUACCAGCUCGGGCCGCACUACAUCGGGCCCAUCCCGGACCCCUCCCUGCGCCCUCUCCCGCCACAGCUCGCACAGCCGCACGCCUCCGACGACCGGGCGGCGGCGGCCCAGUACGACCUCGUCACGAUCGACGGGCACCCGCUGCGGAGCGGCGACCGCCCCGGCCUCGAGUACCUCGUCGGCGACCGCCUGCUCGUCUCGCAGCUCCUCGUCGGCCUCGCCUCCGCCGCGCUCGGCGGCACAGUCGUGCUGAAGCUCUCGAAGCCCGAGCGGCUCGUGUCCGCGCAGCUCAUGUACCUCCUCGACGUGCUGUGCGCGAGGGUGUGGACGUGGAAGCCGGUCUGCAUGCACGCUACCCGCGCGACGUUCUACGUCGUGGGGAAGGGGUUCGGGCUCAAGGGCCGCUGGAUGCUCCCGCGAAUCGUGCAGGAACUAAGAAGGCUUUGGGUGGAACUGUCCUACGCGGGCAGCGGCAGACAUGGACGUCGGCUGGUUGCGACCGACCUGGAUUUCAUCAUCGACGAAUCAACGAUCCAGACAGUGUAUGCUGCGCGGUGGAGGGAGUUGAGCGAACAUAUCUGGGAAACGCAGAGACUGGCUCUUGAAGGAUGGCGACAAGCCACAAGGCAAGGUUUUUGA